AUCGGCGCGAAGUUGGCGUUGAUCGCACACGCGACUCCGCGCGGACAGUUGCGAAAGCUUCAGUAGCUCGCCAUGUUUUUUACUGAGUGGAGUGUGUAGAAGAGAGGCCGGGGUGAAAAUCAUCUCUCGAGGCAUGCAGUGUCAAAAUGGGAAGGAGACUAUACAUGUUAUCCUUCACUAAGACCUGCCAGCCUCACUUCAAUGAUAUAUCCACCACCCAUGCACAAGAACUAAAUAAUUUUUGAACAACGUAACAAAUUCUAAGAAACGUUAAUAAUAUUUCUGGACAAUUAAGAAACUUAAUGUGAGAAAUUUAUAACAAGAAGUGAAGAAAAAGGUUGGAUAAGUCACGUUGAUAAAUCCAAGCGUUGUGGUGGUGGAUUCUAUAAAAUUGAAAAAUUAAAGGACAAUAAUAAAAUACCUUACUGUACAUACGAGAGAAGAUGAUCACCCUGGAGGUAGUGGAGUUGGUUAGAGUUUCUGGGUCUAGGAGGAGAUUCAUUAAGAGGGAAUGAGGAAUCCGGCAUUGCAUUUGGUCGGGAUAGCGGCGUCCCCUGGAGGAGGUGAAGUCUUUGGUUCGCGGGCCGAGGAGGAGUUGCGCCGGUGGCUCGAGGCACGCCUGGACGCAUUAGGGAUUGACCCUGUUGCGUACUCGCGAUUUGUGCUCAGCCUAUUGCGCCGCCCCGACUCGGCCCUAAGUCCUCCAGAAGAGGCAAUUGAGCUAGGUAGAGGCACAGGACGUCGCAUACGUGCCCGAUCUAAAGCAAAGCUGCCAACACAUGGUGACGGGGAGCAACGACGAGCUGUUGUGCAAUGUCUGACAAGUGCCGCUGAUGAUAAAUACGGAGUGGAAACGCUGGUUGAUGAGUUGUGCAUAAAACUAAAAGAAUUGGAAGGAGGAAGCUCGCAUAAUGAAAAUGAAGAAUCUAAGAAAUCUAAUAGCGAACCCAAAACAAAUUUAGAAGCACUCACACCUCGUGACAGAGCUCUUAGAUACUACGCAGCAUUCCCAGCCUUGCAAACUGUAUCCAUCAAAAAGUUUUCUCCGCAGAAAAAUUUUGCCAAAAGCAACAAUAAUAAAAACAACGGAAUUAAUUUGCACAAUAAUAAAAAUAAAAGCGCUUGCAAUAAAAAAAAUAAAAUGUCUAUUAGCAUUGAAUCACAAAGAUCAGAAGAUAAAGAAAGUUUUGGAUUUGCUAAAUCAAUGGAACGAGAAAGAGAAAAGGAACGUGAAUUGGAACUCGAUCAAUUAAGAUUAGCGCAGUUAAAGGCAAAGUUUAAUGAAAACUUAGAGGCACUUUGGAAUUCAGUACCAGGCAAUGCACAGGACACAGCUUCGAUAUGGGCAGCUCCAACACUUUCCAUUCCUUCUGGACCUCUAUGGCCAACAGACACUACCAAGACAAUCUUUACUUUACCUACUUCAAAUAACGAUUACGCUACUGACACACCAAAUCAAGACUCAAUUGUUGACGAAUCACCGCUUAUCCCCUGGGAUAUAGAUCUAAUCAGCAUUAAAGAUAAUGCAGAUGAAUACAGCAAUAAAAAUAAAGCAGAAUACAAUAUAAAUUGGUCGGAUUCAGUUACGGAUGGACCCUGGUGCUGGAGAGGAAUUGAUAGCAACUUAGCUACAGGCUUGUAUUGUCACAAUCCUCAGACAGGUAGUUGCUUCUUUCCAAUGGCAUCAUGUAAAACUCCAAUUGGAACUUGCAAACAGUCUCGUUCGAGUUUGAAGGUAAACAACCUUCCCGAACCAGACGAAGAUUUAUUGACUUCCAUGCGUACUCACUUUCGUCCGAUAAAGGACGAUGGUCACUGGGCAGAUGGAACAACAUUUCCCGUGAACAAUACAGUAGAACGAGUUGCCUAUCGUAGAUCCGAAUCAGGAAAUUUGCUGUAUCUUCCUGGCGGAGAAAGCCCUUAUAUGGAGUACCGGGAGAGCGAUGCGGUGAUGCCGCCAGUGUCUACGAAUUUAACGUUGAAGUUUCGAGUGCGUCAAUGCGAUAAAGGCGUCCAAACUGAGCCCGUACGAUCUCCGGUCAAACGUCGCAUUCUUUCCGAACAGGAUCAUUUUCGCUAUUCUCCGAUCGGAGCUGAAGAUGCUGUUAUACAUGAACAAGAAAAUCUCGAAAAAGAUUCCUUUGGUUUGGAUCAACUUGGCUGGGUGCAGUCAAGUGUACCUCUGCACAAUGAUAGAAAAAGAAGGCACAGUAGCAGCUUUGGGUGUCAGCCACUGACGACUUUGCGCCCGUUGACCUUGUGAACUGGAUAAUGUAAGCUGCUAAAUAAUUCUAUAUGACUGGAGAUUUGAGGUUUAGCUAUAUAUACUUUUUUUCGCAAGAUAAAGAAGUGAAUGAUAGGUGCGUGAAUGGGGGUCCUCUUGGCAUGUGGAAUUUGUUAUGCAUGUAACCAAGAAGGCACGAGUAAACCCCAUCGUCACUCGUAAUAAGCAACAUGCAAUCGAAUACAAAACGAAACGCGAGGAUAUUAAUUAUUAAUUUAGAUAGUUAUUAUUAACCCUCUUUGUGAGAUGAGUAAAAAGGAAAGAAGUAAAAUGAGAAAAAAAGAAGUGUAUACCUUAUACACGGUGUCUCACGUUGCAAAAACGUUGAAGACAUAGUCUACGUGAUUUAAGUUGUAGGUUGUUGAUUAUACUUUGUGAUUUUUGAGGAGAGAAUUUAGUACGCUGAUUUUCUAGAAAAUUGUAGCAAGCAAUUUUGUUUCUCGCCCGACGUGCAGGCCAAGAGUAUACUUAUUCAAUUCUUAUUGAAAAAAGGGAAAAAAACGGAUAUUAAAGUUGGGAAUCAGACAAAUUCGAGAGAAUAGUUGAGUACUUAUUUUGAAAACUGCACGUUUUGCAAAUCGGGUAUUUAAUUAAAGUGCUGUUCUAUUUUCUUGUUGUUUUUCGUAAUUAUUAAUGGAUUAUCUUCUUAAUCUCAUAUUCUCCUAAUUAUAAUUUAACUCCCUAGAAGAUUAAUCCUUCCCCCCCCAUCUCCAUCCUCUUUUUCCUCUCCCCAUCUUCCAAAUCUCCUUGUAUCCAAUGCUUUCCCUGUGCUCACCCUAAGAAAAUCGAAUAACUGAGAAUGUACAUGUAAAAAAAAAACGUGUAAUUUGAAAACACAUGCUUACCUCGCGAAAAAGGUACGCAAGAAAAAGAAAAAAAAAUACAAGAAAUGUUACUAGCAUGCAAAUGCCUUAGGAUGGAAUGUUGGAAGAUGUUAAUGUCGAAAAGAAAUGUAUAACUUAUAAUUGAUUUUGUCUUUGAGAGAAAUAAUUAUAAGAAGGAUAUGCAAAAAUCGAAUGAUGAAAGAUGCCAAUGAAUGAAAUGUGUCACUUAUAAUUGACCCUUUAACUUCGAGAAAUGGUGUAAAAAGAUGUGCAAAUAAGAAAAAAACGGAAGCAAAAAUAUCUUUGCACGAAAUAAUGUAUGGAAAAGGACAAAAUAAAGGCAUUGCGAACAUUACACAUAAA